AUGUCUCGCCCCGAAAGGCCUGCAGCGACCUCUCCCUUCGAGAAUAGCAAUGCCUACAAAAACUCGCCGUCGCGACGGACCCGUCUGGACGAUGUCGAGACUGGUGGCUACUAUCCCGUAGGAGGGCGACCUCAGCACCGACGUGGGCAAUCUGCGACUUCCUUCCCCGAGACGAUCCCGUCUCCUAAUGUCAACACAGAGAACCAGCCUUUAUCCCCGACCUACGACUCGCCGGCCGCAGGACCUUCGACCGCCGACCAGCCUUUCACGAGAAAGAAAAGUUUGGUUCGACCAGAGCGACACAGAAUAGACAAGGACCAUCCUAAUUACUACUACCGCAAACAUGCUGCCAACAUGCAUGUUCUACCUUCGGCGACUGGAAACGAUCCGAUAGUCGAGGAUAUGGAAGGAACGACGGAUGUUUCUGGCCGCUCGCAAACAAACGACAACUUCUCGGAUGCCUCGCCCCCACGAGGCGUUAACAGCAGACAGAACAGUGGCGAGGAAAAGAAGGGACCGUCGCGAACCAAGGCAAAGCGUUCGAGUCGCCACAAGUCCGGCAAGCUCACCAAGGAUGGCAAGGGGAAGCGGAACAAGCAGGUCGAGCAGAUCCGUCCACCGAGCUUCUGGAACGUCUACUGCGCCAUCAUCACCUUCUGGUGUCCAAACUUUAUGCUGAAAUGCUGUGGUAUGGCCUCAAAGGAGCAGCAGAGAGCUUGGAGAGAGAAGAUUGGGUUGAUCAGUCUCAUCUUACUCAUCAUGGGCUUUGUCGGUUUCUUGACUUUCGGUUUUACUGCGGUGGUCUGUGGAACCCCACCGACACGCCUUCAGGUCAACGAUGUGGACGAUGGAUACAUGAUCUUCCACGGAACGGCCUAUGACUUGACCCGCUCUCGUCACCCUCCGGCCGAUGGUGUGCCCAUGAUCAACAGGACCACCGGCGCCAAUGUCUUAUACGAUCUGCCCGAGAAGAACGGCGGCAAGGACGGCAGCUUCUUGUUCCAAAACGUCAAUGGUAGAUGCAAGAACCUCAUCACCCUCGCCGACAACUCGGAUGUCCCGACGAACAGCAAUGGCGACUUGGCAUGGUACUUCCCCUGCACUGUCUUCAACCAGGACGGCUCGUCAAAGCCGAACCUGACAAUUCCUUACUACCUUGGUUAUGCCUGCCACACGACGAAGAAGAGUCGCGACACCUUUUACUUGGACCUGACCGGUACCGCUGACGUAUACUUCACAUGGAACGACAUCAAGAACAGCUCCCGAAACUUGAUUGUGUACUCCGGUACCGUCCUGGAUCUUGACUUGCUCAACUGGUUCAACAGCAGUCAGGUCAAGGUGCCAGAUCGGUUUAAUGAGCUCAAGGACAAGACUACGGCCGUAAACAAGGCCAUUCGCGGACGCGACGUCACCAGAGCUUUCCAGGUUUCGGGCGACAAGCAGAUUGCCGAAUGCUUUGAAGAGAUCAUCAAGGUUGGAUCAGUCGAUACUGAGACUGUUGGCUGCAUUGCAUCCAAGGUCGUUCUUUACGUCUCCUUGGUUCUGAUUCUCGCCGUUGUGUUGACGAGAUUUUUCCUCGCCCUCUUCUUUCAGUGGUUUAUUAGUCGAACUUACGCCGCGGCCAAGACAUCUCAGACCAAGGACAAGCGCAAACGCAACCAACAGAUUGAGGACUGGUCUGAAGACAUCUAUCGCGCACCUCCCAGACUACCUGGCGAUAUCGGAAGCAGUGUUAACGGCUCUUCUGAUCGGACGAGCAAGCGUCAGAGUACAUUCCUGCCCACGACGUCUCGGUUCUCCGCUGUUUAUGGAGCAGGCGCAACUCCGCAGGCUGGCACAAAGAGAAUGCCUACCACCAUGGCUAGCUCAGGUGCUGGCAGCAACAUGAUGCACUCCAACGCUAUGUACCGCCAGGGCAACGACAGCCGCACCAGCUUCCUUCGCUCAGACCCCUAUACAAGCAAUGUGCCCUCAACGGAAGGACCUGGGCCUGCUGGCUUCAUUCACGAGGCCGUCGUGCCUCAGCCGCCCGCCGACUGGAUGCCCUUUGGUUACCCACUUGCCCACACAAUGUGCCUUGUUACCGCCUACUCCGAAGGUCAUCUCGGUAUCCGGACCACUCUUGAUUCCAUCGCCAUGACCGACUAUCCCAACAGCCAUAAAGUUAUUGUCAUUAUUUGCGACGGUAUCAUCAAGGGCAAGGGCGAGACGUUGUCUACUCCUGACUACUGCUUGGCAAUGAUGAAGGAUCACACCAUUCUCCCAGAGGAAGUCGAACCCUUCUCUUACGUCGCGGUUGCCAGCGGUUCCAAGCGACACAACAUGGCCAAGAUCUACUCCGGCUUCUAUGACUACGGCAACGAAUCUGCCAUCCCGCUUGAAAAGCAGCAAAGAGUCCCUGUUCUUCUCGUUGUCAAGUGCGGUACACCCGAUGAGGCGACCAAGUCCAAGCCAGGCAACCGUGGCAAGCGUGACAGUCAGAUCAUUCUCAUGUCAUUCCUUCAGAAAGUCAUGUUUGAUGAGCGUAUGACGGAGCUCGAGUACGAAAUGUUCAACGGUUUAUGGAAGGUGACGGGUAUAUCGCCCGACUUCUACGAAAUCGUCCUCAUGGUCGAUGCCGAUACCAAGGUCUUCCCCGACAGUCUGACGCACAUGGUUUCUGCCAUGGUCAAGGACCCCGAAAUCAUGGGUCUCUGCGGUGAGACGAAGAUUGCCAACAAGCGUGACAGCUGGGUUUCCGCCAUUCAAGUCUUUGAGUACUUCAUCUCCCACCACCUGUCCAAGUCCUUCGAGUCCGUCUUUGGCGGUGUCACCUGUUUGCCCGGUUGCUUCUGCAUGUACCGAAUCAAGGCGCCCAAGGGAGCCCAGGACUAUUGGGUCCCCAUCUUGGCCAACCCGGACAUUGUCGAGCACUACUCUGAAAAUGUGGUUGACACUUUGCACAAGAAGAACCUUCUUUUGCUCGGCGAGGACCGAUACCUGACCACUCUCAUGCUCCGGACCUUCCCUAAGCGUAAGCAGGUGUUUGUGCCACAGGCCGUCUGCAAGACCACGGUGCCCGAUACCUUUGCCGUGUUGCUCUCACAACGUCGACGAUGGAUCAACUCGACGAUCCACAACCUGAUGGAACUGGUUUUGGUCCGUGACCUUUGCGGCACCUUUUGCUUCAGCAUGCAGUUUAUCAUCUUCGUCGAGCUCAUGGGAACUCUCGUCCUGCCUGCCGCUAUUGCCUUCACCUUCUACGUCGUCAUCAUCUCCAUUGUCCACUCACCCCCGCAAAUCAUCCCAUUGGUUCUGCUGGGUUUAAUCCUUGGACUUCCCGCUGUGCUCAUUGUCCUGACUGCCCACUCCUGGUCCUACGUUGUGUGGAUGCUUAUCUACCUGUGCUCGCUACCCAUUUGGAACUUUGUCCUUCCCACAUACGCGUUCUGGAAAUUUGAUGACUUCUCCUGGGGAGAUACCAGGAAGACAGCAGGCGAGAAGACGAAGAAGGCCGGCCUCGAGUACGAGGGCGAGUUUGACAGCAGCAAGAUCACCAUGAAGAGAUGGGCCGAGUUUGAGCGCGAACGCCGGACGCGCAACAACUACUGGGGUUCCAAGGAGAAUGUCGUCGGAGGUGGCAACACCUGGUCGGCACCAUUGGGUCACCAGUACCAAGACGAAUACUACUCUGACGCAUAA